AUGUACAGUAACACAUCGAAGGAGCAUGGUUUGAUCAUUCUUGGUAACAGUGGCGUGGGGAAAAGUUUCUUGGCCAAUGUUUUACUAGGCAAAGAUGCAUUUAAACACGAAUUUUCUGCUCGAUCGGUGACACAUCGAACUGAAUUUGAAGAGCUAAAGUUUGAUAAUUGCAGUUACGCUAUCUUUAAUAUUCCUGGUUUAAUUGAAGCUGACCAAACACGUGUUGACCUUAAUAAACGCGAAAUUGAUCAUGCCUUUAGUAAACGACCCAACUCACUUGUUAUUUAUGUAUUUGGCCACCAGAAUGGUCGUAUACGUGAUGAAGAUGCUGUUUCAUUCAAUGCAAUCAAUAAAGCAUAUCCUCUGAAUAUCAAAUCACUCUUGCUAGUGGUCAAUAGUCUUCCAGCAGAUCGACCAAAGACUUAUGAAGGUGAAGUGAUGCUCAUGUUACAAGAUAUCAUUCAAGUUCCAGUUGCACCUGAACGAGUUUGCUUUCUGAACAAAAUAAACAAUGAAAACUCAGAUGAGCGGAGAGGUUUAAAAAAUCAAUUGCUACGAGCAAUCGUCGAGCUAACACCAACUGAACACAAGAAAACAGCUGACAUUCGUUUGAAUGUUGAUGAAGUUACCUUCUUGAAGCAACAGAUCGAGAAGAUGACCGAACAAUUCGAACAAAAUAAGAUCUUCUUCCAGAAUGAAAUUCAGCAACAUCAAAAGCGAUAUGAUGAUUUUGUUGUCCAGCAAAAGGUCGAAUCCGAUCAUUUUCGACGUAUUAUUGAACGACAGGCUGAAGAUGCCAGAGAAACACGUGAGGCUCAGGAAGCACAGAUCCAGCAGAUGCAAUCAGCACACGCAAACCAAUUGUCUGCUAUGCAACAACAGAUGGAAUCAAUGCAAGCCCGACAUGAACGACUGACAGAGGAAUUAGAGAGCAGACGUGGCGUAGAUACUUCAGCAAUUGAAAGCGCUUUGAAUGCAUCAAAGGAAGCACAAGAUGAGCUAAGAGCAAAGAUAGAAGAACUUCAAAAUCGGCCACCAGAAGUCAGAUAUGAGUCUUCAAGCAGUGUAAGUUUAUAUUCUGUGAAAUGA